UCCGCUCUUUGCGUUGGUGUUAGGAUUCGUGCUUCUGAUCCGAUCCGGAGAUGCGUGGCGGCGACCAGCAAUCACGGCUCCUCUACGAACUCUGUGCCCUCCUCCUCGCCGCCCUCCACUCCUCUCCCCAUGACGCCCCUGCCACCCUCUACCCGCCCGGGCCGGUGUCGCCAGCGGGGUUCGCGUCGUUCCUCCUCGGGGCGUCGCUGGCGAUGAUGCUGGGCGGGUCCCUGACGUUCUUGAUCGGGUUCCUGCUGAUGCCCUGGGUGAUCGGCCUCUUGAUGCUGCUGUAUGUCGUCGAGAUCGUCUCCAGCUUGUCCGGCUUGGGCAGGGCGAUCGUCUGCCCGGAUGCCCCCCUCAUGGAUCAAGGAAAUGUCAGAUCAACUAUUUUCGAAGCUGCCAAUUGAUUAGAUUUAAAACGGCAACUGAUUGUAGAAUAGCCUCUCUUAGUUCCUGCUAGUUAUUGCUGGGCAAGCAUGGAUGUGAUCUGUACAAAUCGAAACCAGUCAUAGUAUCUGCUCUGCCUGGGCUGAUAUAUUUGUCCUUGUGUUCUCUUAACUACCAUGUAACUGCUAUUGCUCCUUUGCUCUUU